AUGGCGUUAGAAGGGGGAGCCGCCGCCGAUACGCCGGUCGCUGCAACGCCGUCAGUUCCUGAGAUGCUGCAAGCCAUCAUGGCACGCUUCGUUCAACAAGAAGAAACAAACAAAGCUACGAACGAACGUCUAGCUGCACUCGCCGCCGCCUUCGGAACCCUAGAUGGCGAAGGUAACGAAGCAGAAACUGCCAGACGACGGUUGUUCGCCACCACAAACCCUAACCCUAACCCAAAUCCCGACGAACCAACCGACGACGCACUUCCGACGCACGUCGACACCACGCAUCCGACCGACGGCUCCGACUCUCUUACAAGCCGUCAGAUCGCCGACUUGCAACUCUCUUUACGGGAUAUCCACUCCAAGAUCCACCACGUCAAGACGUCGGCUCCGGAAAUCGAACGCGUUCUCGCCUCCACCCAGCGGAAACCCUUUCACCAAGCGAAUAACAAACGUCAAAAUCAAGAAGGCGGAAAAGCUUCGCAUCCCCCCGUACACCGGUGUCACAGAUCCACCGAUCACAUGACAGCUUUUAACAUAGCUAUGGGUCGGAACCAUUUCUCUGACGAAGAGAGAGACGCUGGUCUCUGCCAGCUUUUUGUCGAGAGUCUUUCCGGACCGGCCCUCAGCUGGUUCUCUCACCUGAAGGAGCAUUCGAUCGACAGUUUUCACGAUCUAUCCGCGUCUUUCCUCAAGAACUAUAUCAUGUGGACGCGUCAAGGCACAUCGAUGGCUGAUUUGUGGAAACUAUCUCAAUCGUCAACCGACAGCCUCAAGGAUUUCAUGGAGAAGUUCAAAGAAGUACUGUCCAAGGUCCCCGUACCGGAUCAAACGGCCGUCGAAGCUUUAACCAAUUCCCUAUGGAUCAACUCCAAGUUCAGGGACUACCUCUACGAGCAUCCAGAUAUCACCAUCGAAGACGCCCUGCACAACUCAAAAAACUUCAUCAGGCUAGAGGAAGACAAACGAGCUUUCAACGCCAAGCAGCAAGCUCUGAAGCAAGCAGCGGCCAAGGCGACGGAUGCCCACGAACCGCGUCAGCACGCACCCUACAACAAAAAUGACAGGAGAAAAGGGAUCAUUUCUGCAGUCGGAGAGAGCGAACAAUCGGGCACAACAGCCGCCGUACGGGAGCCGGGAUGGAACGUCUGGGAACGGGACACCGAAAACAAAACGCAACAACCUCGAAGUUCCUCCUCCGGAAAUCCGAAGAGCUCCUCCGUCAGAGAUUUGAGCAAGUACUGCGAAUAUCAUGAAAUGAAGGGCCAUGAUACUAAGGAGUGCAGGCAUCUCUAUGAAGCCUGGCUUGCAUCUACUAGUGAUAGUCGCGCGAAGGCCGAUCUCUCCAAGCAGAAGACAGCGAAAAACAACAAGAGCUGGAGUAAAAGCAAGGACAAAAAGAAAAAGUCCCAAGGGAAAGAAGACAGAGGAUUCUUCCCCGAACGAUGA